AUGCUGCAAGUCUCCCAGUUCCGAGCGCUGCGCCGCGCGUCGGCCACUGCGUCGUCUAGCCGCGCCAACGCCUUCCAAUUGACGCUGGCCCGUGCGUUCGCCGCCCAGGGCGGCGACACGGGCGUCUCCCAUGAGGAUUUACAGCGUGCAUUGGAUAAAUUCCAGAAGGAAUCGGCCAGUAAGACUGUCCCUUGGUUUUUGAAGAACAUGCCGCCUUCGUACUUUCGCUCCAUCGAAGAGGACGAUCGUCUACAGCAUCUCAACGCCAUCACGGCGCUGGUGAACGCGCAGCAGCCGGAAGUGAUGCUUCGCUCUACCGACCACCGCGUGUUCUCGCACUUCCGUUCGGGCGCUAACUUCCCCGGUCGCUUAGCCAAUGUCCUGGACCAAUUGCCUCAAACCGUAGACGGCGCGACACUCGCCCGUGUUAAGAUCUUCACGUCCCUGGACGACUCCCUAGGCCUCGACAUCUUUCGUUUCGGUCAGCAAGAGCCUUUCCUUAAUAAAACUGAGGACGAGCAACUCGCUCGUGCCAGUAUCCAGCAAUUCUGUGCCGGUAUCCAGGCAGGCAAACAUGUCGGCGACAGUAGCUACCCGAAACCGGGUCCGCACUUCGAACCGGAGGCCGUGGACACGUUCCUAAAGCACAGUAACACCAUGUACGUGCAGUACAGCAACCCGCGUCGUCUAGCGUGGCAGAUGGAGCUGUUCAGCCAAGUCCGUGGCACUGAAGGUGUCGCGGUGGACGUGGAGCACAAGUGGGAGACCCGUAGCGACGAGAACAAGCUCGGUGGCGGCGUCCCGCAGACGAUGCUGACGAUCGCCGCGUCGAACGUCAUUCCGAAGGGUUUCAUGCAGAAGGCGGCCACGUAUCUAGGUCUGUGCAGCCUCAACGUGGUCCGCGCCCACUUGGACGUGGUCAAAGACCCUCAGAACGGCUCCGCACACGUCGCGAUGAUCCGCAUCCUCGUGCAACCGAGUGAAGAAGCACAGAAGGACCAUUUCCAGUUCGAAUGGUCCAAAAUCUCGGGUAACUUGAAGUAUCUCAAGUGGGUGGACGACCACCCCGUCCACUUGACGCUGCAGCAUCCGGAGUUGGGUCUAUCACGCGCUGAGCUCAUCUACGCGUACGGCAACAUGCUGCACGGUGUGUUGGCCAAGAAAGACCCGUUCGCGUACUCCUUGACGCGCAUCAUGGAGACGCUGGAGCACCCGCAAAACUUGCCGUUAGCGUGGCGUAUUGCUGACUUUUUCCUGACCAAAUUCGACCCGCAACAGGAGCGCGUCAUGACGGACGCUGAGCAGGACGCCGUGGUGGAAGAACUCAAGAAAGAAAUCCGUCGGAACGUGGAGCAUGAGGACGCCAUCCUGCUGCUGAACAGUAUGGCCGAUGCAGUGCGUGGCACCCUCCGUACCAACAAGUUUGUGCGCGAUCGCUACGCGUUGUCACUACGUAUGGACCCGAAGGUUAUGGGCUACGGGACAGUGGGCAAGGACACUCCGUUCGGCGUGUUCUUCAUCUACGGACGUCGCUUCAAGGGCUUUCACGUGCGCUUCCGGGACAUUGCUCGUGGUGGGCUACGUAUGGUUUAUCCUAGCUCUACCGACGCCCACGCGUUGGAGAGUGCGCGUCAGUACAACGAGGCGUACAACUUGGCGUUCGCUCAGCAGCUCAAGAACAAGGACAUCCCUGAAGGAGGCUCCAAGGCUGUGGUGCUCUGUGACCCCAUUGUGGGGCCUGUUGGCGACGUGGCUCCACGUGACUUUAUCAUUCGCAAGAGCGUCAAGGCCUUCUCGGACGCGCUAUUGGAUCUAAACACGACGGACGAGGAAGUGAAGGCCAAGAUCGUCGACUAUUACGGCAAAGACGAGCUCAUUUAUCUGGGUCCGGACGAGAAUAUCAUCCCUGGAGACAUCGUGUGGAUGACCAAGCGUGCGGCGUACCGUGGCUACCCCAUUCCGCGUGCCUUCAUCAGCUCGAAACCGGACGCUGGCUUCAACCACAAGGUCUACGGCGUCACGAGUGAAGGUGUCGCUGUGUUUGCUGACGUCGCGCUACGCUCGCAGAAUAUCGACCCCAAGAACCAGCCGUUCACGGUCAAGAUCACGGGCGGCACGGACGGCGACGUGGCUGGCAACGUCAUCAAGAUCCUGCACCGCGAAUACGGCGACAACGUCCACAUUGUGGGCAUUUGUGACGGCACAGGAGUGAUCGAAGACCCGCAAGGGCUGGACAUGCCGGAGUUGCUGCGUCUGGUGCACGAAUCGCUGCCGUUGUCGAGCUUUGACGAGUCCAAGGUGUCGUCCAAGGGCAUCAAGCACGACAUCAACACGCAGGAAGGGAUCCGUGCGCGUAACUCGAUGCACAACCGCGUCAAGAGCGACCUGUUCAUCCCUGCGGGUGGCCGUCCCAACACCAUCAACGAAAACAACUGGCGCGACUAUCUCGACGCGGACGGCAAGCCGGCAUCCGGUCUGAUUGUUGAAGGCGCCAACCUGUUCAUCACGCCCGAAGCGCGUCAGCUGCUGUUCGAUAACGCGGGCGUUGUUAUCGUCAAGGACAGCUCAGCUAACAAGUGCGGCGUCGUGUGCUCGUCGUACGAGAUCGUGGCCAGUAUGUUGCUCGAGACGGACGAGUUCCUGGCUGUCAAGGACGAGCUGGUUGUUGAAGUGGUCGACAAGCUUCGUGCUUUGGCUCGCGUGGAGGCUCAGCUGCUUUUCCGCGAGUACAAGAAAGACCCGACGUCAGCUUUGCCGCCUGCCAGUGAACGUAUCAGUCGCGCGAUCACGCGCGUGCACGACGCCGUGUUGGCGCAUUUCGACGAUGUGUGCGAGGAGGACCAGCAGAUCCUGUUUACGCUGAUCGAGGAGCAUUUGCCGCCCAAGCUCCGUGAGCUGGCGCUGGACCGUGUGCAGCAGAAUGUGCCGUUGGCUUACAUCCGCUCGAUCGUGGCCUCGAGUCUGGCCAGUAAGAUCGUGUACCGUGAAGGUCUGCAGUUCACGGAGGCGCUCCCGGACUCGAAUCUAGGCAACAUGGCGUUGCAGUAUCUCAAGCAGGAGAAGAAAGUGCAGCAACUGGUCAAAGACGUGCGUUCGUCGCAGUUGCCUCACAAGGGCGACAUCGCCGACUUGUUGGCUCGUGGCGGCGUGCGUGCCGGCUUGGACACGCCAAACUAA